AUGGAUUCCUUGAUACUAUACGUGGCAUUGCCGCUGGGACUACUGGCCUUGCGCACUGUGUACCAUCUGUACUUCCAUCCGCUAUCUAAGUUUCCCGGUCCAAAACUCGCGGCUGCAACCUUUCUCUACGAGUUCUACUACGAUGUGAUCAAAAGCGGCAUGUACAUCUGGGAGAUUGAGCGCAUGCACGAGAAAUAUGGCCCAAUCGUGCGCAUCAACCCACGAGAAAUACACAUCAAAGACUCAACCUACUACGACGAAAUCCACGCCGGCGCCUCGCACAAACGCUCUAAAGACCCCAAAUACGCCGUAGCCUUUGGCGCGCCCUACUCUCUCGUGGGAACAAUAACCCACGACCACCACCGCUUCCGCCGCGGCCUGCUGAGCAGCUAUUUCUCCAAGCGCUCGGUGGUGAACCUUGGCCCGUCCAUCCACGACAAAGUGGACAAACUAAUCGCGCGCUUCGAGCAAGCCCACCAAGCCGGCGACGUGCUGCACCUACAACUAGACUUUGCUGCGCUGACCGCAGAUGUCAUUACCGACUACUGCUACGGCUGGAGCUACGGCUACCUAGAUGGUGAGAAGGGGUCGCGGAGUAACGACCUCGUCGACGCGGUCAAUGGGCUGAUGGUUAUGUUCCAUAUCAACCGGUUCUUCCCGUUCCUUAUUUCCAUUUUCAGGAAUGCGCCGCCUACCCUGGUGCGCUGGCUGCAGCCGCACAUGGCGGAUUUGUUUGAUUUGAAGAAUAGGCUUCGACAGCAGGCGGAUGAUACUCUGCAGAAACAGAGUGUACGGAAGGUCGAUACUGAGGGGAGGUCGACUAUAUUUGAUGCGUUGACUAGUUUGGAUUUGCCAGAGAAUGAGAGGACGCUUGAUCGGCUGGAAGAUGAGUCUGCGCUGCUGCUUGGUGCUGGUACGGAGACUACGGCUAGGGCUAUCACUGUCGCGAUGUUUCAUCUCAUCGACAAGCAGGAUAUCAUGGCGAAGCUGCGGGCGGAGCUGAAGACUGUGUUGGCGACACCGCUAUCCAAGGCUUCGUGGGCGGAGUUGGAGAAAUUGCCAUACUUGACGGGUGUCGUCAAUGAAGGUCUGCGUCUCAGCCACGGCAUGACAGCCCGGUUGGCACGUGUUUCACCGACUGAACCCAUGCUCUAUCAGGAUUGGGUUAUCCCUGCAGGAACUCCUGUCAGUCAGUCGAACUACUUCGUCCAUAUGGAUCCCACGCUCUUCCCUGAGCCGGAGAAAUUUGACCCAGAGCGUUGGAUCCGCGCUACGGCGAAUGGCGAGUAUCUGAGUAGGUAUAUCGUCUCAUUUACCAAGGGGAGCAGACAGUGUCUGGGAAUGAAUCUUGCCUAUGCGGAGAUCUACUUAUCUUUGGCACAUAUCGCUCGUCGCAUUGACUUCGCACUGUAUGAAACUACUGCUGAUAAUAUCUGUGUGUAUCGUGAUAUGGGAAUUGGGUGUCCGGAGGUUGGGUUGUUUGGUGUUAGGGCUACGGUUGAGGGACUUGUAGAGGAAUAA